UUAUUUAGAUCAAUUGACUCACUAAUUAAUUAUUAGUUUUGUAUUUAAAAUAUAAAUGUUGAUACGAGUGUAAACAGACAAAAACAGAAUAACGCCACUUGUCAUUUUUCUCGUAUGGUUAUACUAUAUAUUUAAAUCAGCUGAUUCUCCCAUUUCUCCUAUCAUACAGUCUCACUCAUUGUAUUGACUUCGUCAUUGAAAUGAAUGGACUUGUCACAAAGUCGAUUGGAGUCGAUUACCAGUCUGUGUCUGUAUUUAGAAAAUAGAUAAGACAGUAUGUUAUGAUGUAUAGCGUAUCAGUUAUAAAACAUUUUAUUGUGCAUAAUUGAGUUUAUGUAUUUAACAAUAAGUGAAAAUAUAAUUACUAUAAUAUAUGUUUACCAUUAUCUGAACCAAUGGCAGACAAUGAAUUAAUAGAAGCUAAUCCUCGAAGUUGGAUCUGGAAUUGGUUCAGCUGGUCAGGAAAUUCUACAGCAAUGCUGAGAGCAGCUGAAAAGAAAAUACUUUCACAUUUAAAAAGUGCUUAUCGGGGAUUGUACGUCGAUAUAGGAGCUUGUGUUGGUACAUCAGAUAAAAUUUGGACGAUUUCAUUGAAUGAAAAAUCUCCUAAAACACCUAUUGUACUUCUCCAUGGAUUAGGAGCUGGAGUAGCAUUAUGGUGCCUUAAUCUUGAUAGUCUGUCUCAAGAAAGACCAGUUUAUGCAAUAGAUCUCUUAGGAUUCGGCAGAAGUAGCAGACCAAAUUUUAGUAACGAUGCUCAAAAAUCUGAAGCUCAGCUUGUACGUUCCGUUGAAGAAUGGAGAAGAGAAAUGGAGUUAGACAAAUUUGUUUUAUUAGGACAUUCUAUGGGAGGUUUUCUUGCGGCCUCAUACGCAAUACAAUACCCCAAUCGAGUACAGCACCUUAUUCUUGCCGAUCCCUGGGGAUUCCCAGAAAAACCAGCAGAUGCAAAUACGAGAUAUAAUAUACCUUUGUGGGUGAAAGCUAUUGCGUUUAUGGUACAACCACUUAAUCCUCUUUGGGCAGUACGGGUUGCUGGUCCUUUUGGUCAGUGGCUUAUAGAAACUACGCGACCGGAUAUUGUAAAGAAAUAUGUACCAGUUCUUAAAGAUGACGCGAAUAUAAUUUUCCAGUAUCUCCAUCAAUGUAAUACGCAAACACCCUCUGGAGAAAGUGCGUUUCAUGCCAUGAUGGAAGGUUUUGGCUGGGCAAAAAAUCCCAUGAUUAAUCGAAUCGAUCAGAUAGAUGAUGAAGUACCAAUUACAAUGAUUUACGGCAGUCGGUCGUGGGUCGAUAACUCUGCAGGAGAAGCAAUUAAGCAAAAACGAGCAAAUUCUUAUGUUAAUAUUCAGGUCAUAUCGGGAGCUGGUCAUCACGUUUAUGCCGAUAAAAGUGAAAUUUUUAACAAACAUGUUCUUGAAGCUUGUGCUUUGAGUGAUAGUUUUCCAAAACUCACUUCAAAACACGUCAAACAAACUUCCAGAAUUAUACCUCGUAAACUUCCUCCAUUACCAAUUGACUCAACAGAUUCAAAAUCCGAAAACGAAGAUGAUAGUCAGGAAGAAACAUUCCCCAAUGAAACGCCAACUAAUCUGGAACCUAAGACAUUGCAAUCGAAAUCAACUUGAUUUGAAAAAUUUUUAAUAGAAUAAAAUUAUUUAAAUCAAUUAAUAAUAAACGUGGUGAGAUUUUGAGGGGAAUAAUUAUUUUGUGUUAAUUGUGUGUCAUUGUUUUAUUUUAUUUCCUAACAAAAAUUAAAUGUCAACAUUAUUGUGAGACAUACAACGUAAUUAAUUUUAUUAAAUAAUGAAUGGAAUGAAAGUUAUGUGUUGACGAAUCAAUUUUUAUAAGUACUGUUUAAAAAUUAAACGCAAGUUAAUAUUUAUAGGACUCAAUGGAAUUUCGGAACAACGAAAUUCACUCCGGAGGAGUUUAUUUUAAUAUUAAACUCUGGAUCAAAGUAGAUGCAGAUUGAAAUAAAAUACACAUUACUCUAAAAUCACUCCGUGGAAAAAAACUCCCUAUUCAUUUCUUAAGUGAAGUAAUUUUUUUUAAAUUCCUGAUUUCCGAGAAGCGGAGUGAAUUCGGAUUGAAAUAAGUAUCAAAUUCACUCCCGAUUUUACACAGUGUAUAAAGUCUUCUCUUUUUUUUUUCUUUGUCAUUAAUUUAGAUUAUUUAACAAAUGAAUUUAAUCGUAUAUUUUAGUAACCGUAAGCUGUUAUUUAUUUCUGUUAUGUUUUUUUUAUAAAUUAAGAAAUUUUUUUCUUGAGAAAUAAAAAUUUUAAAAAAAUGAAUGAAACCAAACAAAAAUACAAAAUAUUUAAUUU